CACGCAAUGACGCAACUCACCAAAUCCGGAAGCAUUUCUCCUCUCCUCCUCCCUUCUCACGCACGCAGCUCGAUCGCCAAACUCAUUUGCUUCGCGCCUCGUGCCGUUCCCUUCCUUUGAUUUGAACCCUCUCUCCCUGCUGGUGAGCUCGCGGCGGCGGCGGCGUGGAGAUGGCCGUUGCAGGGGGCGUGCGCGUGGCGUCGUCGGUGGAGGUGUGGGGGCGGCGGAGGAGCAGCAGCACCAGCACCAGCAGCGCGGCGAGGCGCGGCGCCGCGGCGGCGACCGUCAGGUGCAGCUGCGUCGGCGAGGCGGGGCCGGCCGCUGGGGGCCUGGCGGAGGAGCACUACCGGACGCUGCGGCUGCGGCCGGGGGCCACCCGCGGCGAGGUCAAGAAGGCCUUCCGCCGCCUCGCGCUCAUGUACCACCCGGACGUCUGCAAGGAGAGCGACGGCGGCGGCGGCCGCGACGCCUGCGGCGUCCAGUUCCAGCGGAUCAGCGUGGCGUACCAGAUGCUGAUGAGCAACAUGAGGGAGGCCGAGGAGCGGCUCGAGUACUGGCGGCUCAAGUACGGCCUCACCGACCAGGAUCUCGACAGGUACAGGAGCUACCUCAACGAGGACGACGACGACUGGUUCGACGUGUGAAGGAGCUGAUGAAGCGCCCGACCGAUAACCAAGGAUCUACACGGCUUGCCUAUCCGCACUGAUCUUAUUACCAUCGAUUAGUUUUAAUCUUGUUGCCAUGGCAGAGGCAGCAACACUGUAAUUAAUUUCAUCUGCAUGUUUAUGUGCAUACACUGGUUACUGUACUCCUCCCUUAUUUUAUUGUGGGUGAAGGAAUACAGACUGCAGACAGUGUACUGAUAUUUGUGUCUCAGAAAGACCUCUUGUUUAUAUACAAAGAUUUAUUGAUGUUAGUUAUCAACUAA